UCUUGUUUAUAAAUUCUUUCCAUUGUUUAUUUGGUAUUCUAAUGAUAUCCGCUUUCAUAUUUCUGCUUCCACAACGAAAAGCUCCUUCGCAGAUAAGCGGUAAAGGAGCAGAGGCACCAGUGAGAGGCACAAGGAAAACAACAAUAUGGCGGAGGAAGAUAGGGGAGGGCAAGUUGCUUGUCAGGUUCCUUUUUUCGAUCUUUGCAUGGUUAUACAGAAAAUAGAUGAUAGUCAAGGAAAAGAAAAAAAGAAAGAUAUUUUCAAGAAAUUUCUUCAUCGGUGGAGGGAAGUACACAUUAGAAUUCACCGCGAUAUAAACAAUAACAAGAAUGACACCUUCUUUCCCGCUAUGCGCCUUUUUCUUCCAUCUCUUGAUAAGGAGCGACCUUCAUAUGGCAUGAAAGAGGUUGUUUUGGCAAAGUAUUAUAUAGAUGUUUUGAACAUCGCAAAAGAGAGUGAUGAUGCAAAGAAAUUGUUGAAUUAUAGAGCACCAUCGUCUGCAAGACAUAUUGCUGGUGACUUUGCAUCCGUUGCAUAUCUUGUCUUGAAAGACAGGUGCCCACAACAUGGCAGCCUCACAGUUUCUGAUGUCAAUGCCUGCCUUGAUGCAAUGGCUUUAGCUAAUGUGGAGAAAAAGCGUGACGUACUAAAAGCUCAGAUUUGCAAGCUGAUAAGAAACACCAGUGCUAUAGAACAGAAAUGGCUGAUCAGAAUGAUUCUUAAAGAAUUGAAAAUCGGUCUGAGCGAAAAUUCGAUUUUCUCUGUCUUCCAUCCUGAUGCAGCAGAACUGUUUAAUGUCUGCAGCAGCUUAUCAAAGGUCUGUUCAGAUUUACGAGACCCGAAUUCUACAUUGAGUGAAGUGGAAAUCGAGCUGUUUUCUCCAUUUAGGCCAAUGCUUGGUCAAAGAUCUUCAUUCCAAGAGGUGGAAAAAAUUAUGAACUACAAGCCUUUCUUAAUUGAAACAAAAGUUGACGGAGAAAGGAUUCAACUGCACAAGAAAGGAGAUGAGUAUCGAUACUUCUCAAGAGGAUGCCACGACUACACUGAAUCUUUUGGGAAGACAGUCUUCCGGGGAACUUUGACGCCUCAUCUCUCUUUUGCUUUUCCUUCGAACAUAAAGACGUUGAUAUUGGAUGGAGAAAUGACAGCUUAUGAUCCAAAUUCUGGUUUGUUUAUUCCAAAAGGCGGGAACAUAGAUGUCAAAGCUGAAGUAUUAGAUGGUGUUCAUCCGUGCUUUGUUGUCUUUGACAUCUUAUUGCUGAACGACGAGAAGCUUACCAACUUGCCUCUGCAACAAAGGGUGGAAAAACUGAAAGGAAUAAUAAAGCCAGUACCAGGAAGACUUCAAAUCAUCGAAAGAAAAACAGCAUCUAAAAAAGAGGAAGUUAUUAAUGCGUUAAAUGAUGCAAUCGAUAAAAGAGAGGAAGGAAUCGUAAUUAAGGAUCCAGAAUCUAUCUAUAAACCGAGUAAAAGAAAAGGAAGUGGUUGGCUGAAAAUCAAACCAGACUACAUCGAUUCAUUAAGUGAUCAGUUGGAUGUGCUGAUAGUCGGUGGUUACUAUGGAGUUGGGCGUCGUGGUGGAAUGGUUUCCCAUUUCCUGUGUGCUAUAGCUGUUCCUCCGCAGCAACCAAAUGAAUAUCCAUCAGUGUUCCACUCAUUUUGUAAGGUUGGGUCAGGAUACAGUUUGAAGGAGCUCAAAGAGCUGUGUGAUGCCCUUGAGCCUCAUUGGAAGACUUUCGACCCUAAAAUGCCUCCCAGCAGCAUCAUUUUUGCUCCAGGAUUGAAGGAAAAACCCGAUGUUUGGAUAGAGCCUUCGAAGUCUAAAAUCGUACAACUAAAGGCUGCGGAAAUAACAGAGAGUGAAAAGUACAAAUGCAAAUGCACCCUGAGGUUUCCACGUGUCGAUACAAUUCGCGAUGACAAGCAUUGGUACGAUUGCAUGGAUUUGGAUGAGUUGAGUAGACUGAGGGAGAUUUCUGGAGGAUAUCUAACAAAUAAACAAGUUACUGACGAUGGUACAGAAGAACCAGUUAAAAAGAAGAAAAGAACUGUUACCAAAUUAGAGCAACCAAGGAGGAUAGCUGGGCAUUUCAAGGGAGCUGACGUGAGCUCAAUAAAAGAGGUCUCAAAUCUUUUCGAAGACCACGAAUUUUGUGUGAUGAAUGGAUCAUCAGAGCAUAGUAAACAUGAUUUGGAAAAAAGAAUAGCAGAGCAUGGUGGAAAAUUUGUUCAGAAUGCAGGCAAGGACACUAACUGCGUCAUAGCUGAAAAAGUCAACGUGCGUGUUAAAAAUAUAAUCAGCUUAGGAAGGCACGACGUUGUCUCUGUUUCCUGGCUGGUCGCGUGUCUUAAUAAAGGCAAAGUUCUGGCGUACAAACCUAAUGAAAUGAUUUUUACUUCUGAAAAGACAAAGAAAAUAUUCUCUCUUGAAUAUGACGAAUUUGGAGAUAGUUACACGAAAGAGAUUGAUGCUAAAAAUUUGCAAGAAAUAUUUAGAAACAUGGAAAGCAAGGACAGGGUCCGUUCAACAGCUGAAGAAGUAGCAGAAAUCGAGUUCCGUUAUUUCCCCAACGAUUCCCCUUACGGCAUAUUUCGUGGAUGCAGAUCAUUUUUCGAUAAAUGGGCAGAUCCUGAUUGUCCAAAUGAAGUGAGAAUUUUUUUCGUUUGCUCGUUUGUCAGCCCACUUUUUUGCUUGUCAGCCCAAUUUUUUGCUUGUCAGCCCACUUUUUUGCUUGUCCGCACACUUUUUUGCUUGUCAGCCCAAUUUUUUGCUUGUCAGCCCACUUUUUUGCUUGUCAGCCCACUUUUUUGCUUGUCAGCCCACUUUUUUGCUUGUCAGCCCAAUUUUUUGCUUGUCAGCCCAAUUUUUUGCUUGUCAGCCCACUUUUUUGCUUGUCCGCACACUUUUUUGAUUGUUUGCUUGCUUGCUUGCUCGAGCGCCCGUCCGACGGCUUGCAUUCUUGUUUCAAAUACUGCUUGCACCAUUAUUAAAACAGCAAUUGUCUUCAAAUCAUUACUGACUGGCUAUUUCUCUGCACUAGACCUUCGCUUCCAUGGAGGAGACGUGAUGAAUCAAUUUAGUCCAGGGACUACACACGUCAUUGUAAGAAAAAGCGAUCUUUCAAGGCUGCCCGUAUUUAGACAGAGAAUCAGAAAUAUGACUAAAAAGCCACAUAUCGUUACAGAGGACUGGAUCCAAAGCUGUAUAGAAAAAUUUCAGAAAAUUGAUGAGAAGCAUUUUGAGCCUUUGUGAUGCCUUGUUUAUGGAAAAACUGACGUAAAAUUCUGGAUAACAGAAGCAACAGGCCGAACUGAGUUUGAUCUGAAGCUUUCUACAUUUUAAGUGAAGUUAUACCUGUAUAAUGUUGUCUGAUGCCUAUUUUAAUCCAUCAUUUAUUACAAUAGUCCAUGUAAUAGCCUUCAGAACUCACUGGACGGCAGUAAAUUGGAUAGAAAUAUUGUUGGCAUUGUUUAGAAAUCUUCGCCAGUUGAAAUGAUGGCAAGAAUCAGUCCUCCACUGUCAAAAUAGUGGGCUACAUCGAAUUAUUACGGUAAGCUGUAGUAUUUCGAAGAAUGUUUAAAAUUUUAAUAGGUGAAGAAAAGUUAUAUGAAAUCAAAGCUGUUUAUAUUGGGGUUUUUCAUCUUCUUUGUUUUUUUCCAUGUACUCUUGUAGUAUACUAGUCAUCCAAUCUAGUUUUGUAUUCAAUAUGAUUAUAAAAUGAUAUGGAAUAGGUAGCCACUUUUAUCAAUUGAGCGAAUGUUAGUCCAACGAGUAAAAAUGAUAAAAUUUCAAAGAAAACCUACA